GGUUCUCAGCUGUUGUUCUAGGGCUCCCAGGAUCCCCCAGAUGGAAAACAUGCAACUCCACUGGGGAGCUUCGUCUUCAGGCUUCUCUCAGUCUUCCUCGCUUGUUUUUCCUCUUUGCAGUCCAAUCGCAAUGCCAUUCGCAGCGUAGCGUAGUCACCCACACCUCGGACAAGAGCCUCGAUCAUACACGGGACCAAUUCCCUCGAUCUUGGUCGGGUGUAGGCAGCUUUGCGGACUGGCCCAGGUCAUCCUUCAAUCCCAGGCAACAUCGACAACAAACAACGGUCUUUUUCACCGACAUCUCGGAUCGGCCUUGGUUCCGGCCAUACGGACACAGAAAGAUGAAUGACCUCCAUUCCCUCCAACACUUCGUCUACACGACGGCGGCUCAGCUGUCAUCGGCCGCCAAGCGAGUACGGAUCCGGCCGCGCUAUUGACCGCGCUAUUGUUUUUGACCACGCCAGAUUCCCUCAUGGAAAGCUUGUUAGUCCCCACGUCUAGUGGCCUACACGUGUGUUUGCCCGUCUCCCAAAUAUCCGGGACCAUGUCAACACACUGCUAGUCCUCCUAGGGAUGGGCUGAGGUGGAAUAGCGGGAAAUGGUCGAGAUUCGUCCAACUGAAAGGAGAGGAGAUGCAACAUCGCGGGCAGCUCGUGUGGCGUCCUAUCACCACCAGCACACGGAAAUUACACAUGGACCGACUUCAGCCCUCAGCCGCUCUCCUUGCUUCUGCCACCCGUUCUGUCGUUGAUCCUAUGUGUGAAUAAAAGGGUUCCAUUGCCGUACCCAAAUAAAAGGGAUCGACACAACCAACCGUGGAUUUGGGAUCCGACAAAAAGAGGUUGACGUCUCAACACGAUCGCUCACCACUCACUCCAGUCAUUCUUUAACGAGACCACUUUGGUUGUGAUCAUGAAGCAAGCUUUGUUCCUGGCCUCGGGCUUUGCCUGGCUGAACCUGGCCUCGGCCGCCUGCUGUCGCAGCAACAAGUGCUUGAAAGCCAUUGUCCUGAACCAACAUGGAAUUGAUGACUGCGCCUCGGUCCUUGUCGAGACUGUGUCGGCCCCGGCCCGCAUCGUGACCGAGACCGUUACUGUGUCCUCUACCCAGUAUGCCGCCGUCCUUGGCACCGAGAUCGUCACCGAAAUCGAGUCAACCACCGCUGCCACCGAGACGAUCUUUUUCACGGAGAGCUCUGCCGUUACCGUUGGUACCGAGACAGUCAUUCAGCUCACAACCGAAACGACCAUUGCCAGCACCGAGACGGUCUUCCAGACCAUCACCGUCCCUGCUCCGACCGAGAAGAAGCGCGACAUUGAUACCUUGACGUUCGUGGAGCCCACCAGCUCGGCCUCGGUCGAGCCUGCUCCCGUACAGUCUUCUCCAGCGCUUCCCGAGUACGCCUUGGACUGCCCGUCCUUCGACAAGUACAAGUCGGCCUGCAAGUGCGUCGGUGCUGAGAUCGUAACCGUCACCGUUCCUGUUCCCGUUUCAACUGUUACUGUCAAAGAGACCACUACCAUUUUGGCCUCUAUUGCUGCCAUCGUUACCACUACGGAAACUGAGUUGGUCUCAGUGAAGGCCACAGCCUCGACUACCGUGACUGUCGUCGUGGAUGAUGUUGAGACGGUCACUGCCACUCAGACCAAUGUCGUCUCCCUCACUGCUACUGUCACCGCCAUCGAGACCGCGACCCUGGCCCCCGAGCCCGUGCAACCCGUGUGUCAAAUCAACACCGGCGCCUUCCGUGCAAUGACCACUUUCAACAACAACGACCUCUACAUGUACACCAACCUGGUGAACGGCCUGGCCGGUGGCCUGAUUUGGCAAACUGGCAGCACCACCACCUCCCAGAGCAUCCAGCCCCGGUACAACUUUGCUCUUGAUAGCGAAGGCUCUCUGUAUCUUCACGACAAAAUUGCUCCCUAUCCCUACACAUACUACGUCUAUAUUUCGACCGCCAAUUCGGGAAGCAACUGGCCCCAAAUCGGCAACAAGCAAUCUAUCGAGAGUGCCAUUGCACAGGGUGGCCCGGUCAGCAAGAUCAAGGGAUGCGUGAAUCCCGCCACUGGUGAGCUCACGCUCCAAGAUUCCAUCGGAAGAAAGAACAUUCUCUAUUGUGGCGCACAACUCUGGUUGUCUGCCGGCUUGGGUGAAGAUAUCAAUCGUGGUGGAUGCGUCCAGCAGUUCCCCAAGGUUGUCGCGCCAUAUGGGCAGUAAUUCAGGAUACUUGCACAUUCGACAUAUGAGGUGUGUUGGCGGACGUUCAGUCAUUUGUCUAUCACAGUCUUAACCAACAAUUUGUUUUACUAUAGAUGUAUUAUUGCAACUGAACCCACGGCUCGGUUUUACCGUCUGUCGACACACGUCCCAUUGUCCCGUACUAAGAUGAUGCAUUAUCACUCCCCUGUUGAUGAACAAGCAGCCAUCAGGUCGGAAUACUCAACUAUCCUUGAUAGCGCAGAGGUUUAUGAAUCUGUUCACGAACAAACGAUCAUCCAAAACAUUAAACCACGCCAGAAAAAAAAAACAAUCUCUUUGAUAUCAUUACAAUCUCAUCCCAUGGCGCCCACCAUCUUUCUCCUUCCCUUCCCGCCGCUUAUACCACCAGCCAUCCUAUCUUAUCUUCCUCUCGUUCUCCCUCCUCUUUUCUCUCGCCCAAAUUAACCCACUUAUUCUAUACAAAAAAGAAAUAAUACAUCCCGAGAGGCACCUACCCCUCCAACGAAGCAAUCCUCCUCCACCCUUCAUUUCCCACCACCACACUACCCCCUUCCAACUUCUCAAACCCUUUUCCAUUCGAAACCUCCGCCUCCUUCCUGAUCGUCUCAUCCCACUUCCCCAUCGCCAUCUCCACCAAGAACUUUCCCAAAUGUUCCGUAGGACUCCACAUCUUCUUGUACCCCGCUCGGAUGGGCGGUCCCAAAACACAGUUGCUCAAAGUAUAAAGGCCGGACACUUUGGGGAUGUACGGGUGAAUGGCAGGGUGGGCGGCCGCGUCGAUGAAGGCGGGGCGCAUAGAGAAGGGUAGAAAGGUGGAAGUAGAAAGCUGCGAGAGGGCGAGUUCAGCUUGGCCUUUGAUGAUGGCGAAGAAAGGGGUGGUGAGUCUUGAUAGAGGGGACUGGGAGGAAGGAGGGGUGGUAGUGGUGCCUUCGCCGGAGACGUAGAUGAAGCGGAAGGGUUCUUUAUCUUGGUCGGGAGAAGGGGAAGAAGAAGAAGAAGGGGGUAAGGUCUGGAAAGCGGCGGCGGCGGCGAGGGGGAAGUCUUUGGUGAUUUUGACGUAUUCCCUUUUUGUGUCACCAUUUAGUAUCAGGCAUGGGGUUUUGUGAAGAAAAAACAGGGGGGAAAGAAAAACAUACUCCUUCCCAACAGCAUUUUGGCUAAUUCCCAGCGCCCAAACACAUCCCGUUGCACCCUGGAGCUGGUUGAGUAGCUCACUGUCGUACUUCUCGAAAUCCUUGUGAAGAAUGACGUUGAUGCGCGGGUCCUUGGCGUCUUCGGCCAUCUUGACGGGUCGUCGGCUGAUGAUGGAGAUUUUGGUGAUGUCUUUGGUCUUGAUCAUGGCGUCUAGGACGGCGGAGCCGAUGAGGCCGGUGGCGCCUGUGAGGAUUAGAUGCAUGAUGGAUUGGUGAUUUUAGUGUGCUUGCAAUGCAAUGGGUUAAGAAGAACAAGGGAAAGAAAACAGAGGGUUCGAAGGACGGAUGGGAAAGAAACAUCAAGCUAUAUAUCAUUGCCAGCAACUCUGAAGCGGC